CAUAAAGCUUCACUCUUUACAACAGUCUCUCCCUAGCCCCACUCUCUCACUCUCCUCUUUUUGGCUUUAUUGUAUAAUGAAAAAAGGGUCUUCCCCACAAGCCACUGAUAAACCCUUUUGUACACAAAGCUUUCACGUUGAUGAGGAGAGUAGUUUUUUGGGGGUUUUAUAGCACCUCACUUUUUUAGGCCCCUCUCUUAAAAAUGGCAGAAAAUCUUGACUGUUCAGCCUCAAAUCUUCUCUGUUCAGAGAACACAAGCUCUUGCUUUGAUGGUGGUCUUGAUUUUGAUGCAAUAAAUGAGUUUGGGGUUUCCCCUUCCGACCACCACCUUAAAAACCAAAUCUUUAAUCAACAAGACGCUUGUUUUAUAAACGAUAGAUCAACUUCUUUAAUGGGUUGUUCUGGUUUGGCAAUCCACAGUGAUGAGAGAAUCAAGGAAAUGAUUGGAAAAGAGAUGGAGCAUUUGCCUAGAGCUGAUUAUCUUAAGAGACUGAGAGGUGGGGAUUUGGACUUGAGUGUUCGGAGAGAGGCCAUUGAAUGGAUUUGGAAGGCUUCGGCAUAUUGCCGUUUUGGACCAGUGACUAUUUGCCUAUCCGUGAACUACUUGGAUCGGUUCCUAUCAGUUUAUGAAUUGCCUAGAGGUGAAACAUGGACAGUUCAACUGCUGGCUGUAGCUUGUUUAUCAAUUGCAGCCAAAAUGGAGGAGACUAAAGUGCCCCUGUCUGUAGAUUUGCAGGUGGGAGAACCAAAGUUUGUCUUUGAAGCUAAAACAAUACAAAGAAUGGAGCUUUUGUUGUUGAGCACAUUGAAGUGGAAAAUGCAAGUUCUUACUCCUUGCUCCUUCAUUGACUACUUCCUAAGCAAAAUGAAGAAUGGUCAACAUCCAUCACCAUCUUUGAUCUCUAGUUCUUUACAGCUAAUAUUGAGCACAAUCAAAGGUAUUGACUUCUUGGAGUUCAGGCCUUAUGAAAUUGGUGCAGCAGUGGCAAUUUCUGUUUCAGGAGAAAUGCAAACAUUAGCCAUUGAUAAGGCUAUUUCAUCUUUCACCCUUGUAGAAAAGGAUAGAGUGUUGAAGUGUGUUGAACUGAUGAAAGAUUUGUCAUUGAUUAAUGGGUCUGCUAAUGCUAAUGUGGCAGCUCCCCCCUCAGCUUCCUCUGUUCCCCAAAGCCCCAUUGGGGUGUUGGAUGCUGCAUGCUUGAGCUAUAAAAGUGAUGAAAUAACAGUUGGGUCAUGUGCAAAUUCCUCACAUACUAGUCCAGACAUUAAAAGGAGGAAACAAGACAAACCAUCCCAAGUGGAUUUCUAGUCAUGAGAUCUGAGUUUCCUUCCUUUCACACCCUUUUAGUCAAUCAAUUUGGUUGAAUGGGAAUUUUGGUGUGGUUCUGGAGAACAAAGGGAGAGAGAAUGGGAUACAAAGAGAGAGUUUCAAUAUGAAUAAAUUUUUAAAGGUGAAAAAUGAUUCAACUUCUUCCAUGCUUAAAGCAUGAAAACCCGAAAAGAUGUCACCAGCUGUUUAUAUAAUCAAGAACCAUCAACAACAGCUUAUAGUUUAUCACAGGCAGAAGCAGUGGAUGGUGGUGCACCCAAAAAAUGAAGGUGGUGUCUUUUUGUUCUUGGAAGGAAAUACUACAGUCUUUUUUUCAAUUAUUUUAAUUUUUUGGUUGUAGCUUUCAAUUAUAAAUCAGAGAAGAAAAAUUCAAGUCAGAAUAUAUGUAGAGGGGUAAAAAAGAAGUUCUAAGUUUUGUUUAUUAUAUUUUUGUUCUUUUUUAUCAAAAUGGAAAAUUGUAAGCAAAUUACCAAAUAUUCUUUCUGGCAGCAAUUAGACUGUAAUU